UCUUGGCCAACCCUGGCCAAUUGACACUUUCAUUUAAAUUUUGAAUGAAAACUUGCAUGACUCAAAACUCUCGCAUUGAAUUUUGUCCGGCGGGACGACUAAAACGAGUCAACAAAUUCCGCUCAAUAGUCAACAAACAGUCGGAUAUAAUACAAAUUUUAAACAUUAUUAUUGUGAGAACCCAAUAAAAAUAAAAUGGAAGGGGAAGACGCAAUUCUUUUCCAACCACAACGUCGAUUCUGCGGUUCAUGUCAGAACCAAGUAUGGGGGACAAGUUGUGGGUGUGUCACUCCGGAAAAUAGUCCGUACAUUGGAUUUCAAGAAUCUGCCGUCUUGCCGUAUAUCGAAAAUCAAAAGUACACGUUCGGAAGUAAGUACACCUCGAGGGAGGAACAAGGCGAGUUCAUCUUUGUGCGGACCAACAAAAAUCCCGGAAAUCUGGCCGAAAUUACAUGUUCAAGUGGAAAUUGGUGGAUCACACCGGCCGGGAAACGUGUUGUUUUAGUCAAUGAUUACCAGUUGGAGAAAAAGUGUCGCACGAAGCUCAAUUAUGGCGACAAGAUAUUUUUACUUGGAAAAGAUCGACCAAGACGUGGACAUGAUCCAGAGAUUAAACACGAAUCUCUUGAUGGAUUUAUUUUUUUCAUUUAGUUGAUUGGUGGUUGAUGAUAAGUGGCUAAUUUAUUUAAUUUAUUUUCAAUUAUUAGGAAGUUUACCGUGCCACUGAACAUCAAGACCAUGGAGAGGAUUUUAAUAUAUCAGACGGGAACAAGGUCGACUUGACGCCAGGACAAAAUUACCUUAUCUUGUCCCACAUUUUUUCCUACCUGCCCUUCAACACUCUCAAAAUGGCACGACUAGUAUGCACCCAAUGGGAUGACGAAGCUGCUCGGAUUUUAAAGAAAAAAUCCAUCGUUUCAUUCAAAUUCCGAGACUGGUAUGACCCCCCAUUCGAGUCGACGAAGUUGCUUCGAUACGUUAAAGAAAUGAAAAACCUGCAACCACCCAGUUUGGCUUUGGAUCUCCCACCUUGCACGACAGCAAACACAAAACUUGACAAUUAUCCGAGGACGGCGCGAAGCGCCGGACGACGGAUAAUUGUAAUUAUCCGAAGUAAUACGGAAUCUUGAGGUAUUAGCGCCUCACCCACCCACCCGAUUUGUUCAUUCGAAAAUGUGUUUUGGACUGUGAGGUGAUAUACUAGCCCGGGCAUGCAUGGCACACUUUUCUUUUUAUGUGUUUUAUAUAGAUGGGAGCUGGGCCUUGUCAGGAGACAACUACCAAUUGACUAAUACCUCAAGAUUCCGUAUUACUUCGGAUAAUUACAAUUAUCCGUCGUCCGGCGCUUCGCGCCGUCCUCGGAUAAUUAUCAAUUAUAAUUUGUGACACAAAUUGUGAUACAAAUAAAUAAUUGCAAUAAGUUUCAAUCCAUAAUGACUCAAAA